UCUUUCCUUCUCCCUCUCACCCUCCCUCCCCCAAUGUUCCACGUCUUUCGUUUUGUCGUUUUCUUUCUUGUGUUCUGCUGACCUACCCCCAUAGUCUGCCACUGCUGACCGCCACCACACACGUACGUGCUCCUUUUGUGCGUGUGCGUGGUUCCUUUUGCUUUCAACAAAAACGUGCAUCGAAUCAUUUGUGGGAAAACGAAUGCGUGAGUGUGUGAAAAGCAAACACCACACCGCAACAACCACAACCAAACCACAGCAACCAUCCUUUCAACCCACCAGCUUACUUGCAAGCCAUGUCUGAUUUUGAUCCAUGCGCGUGCAUCACGCACAGCGCGCUCAUGCAGCGCCUCCUUCAAAUGCUUCGCAAUGCGCAGGACACAUGUACAGAUUCAGAGUGCUUUGAGGAUUUACAAGCACAGAACAAUGACGGGUUGAGUUGGACCGCGCUGCUGUUUCUAUGGGCCUUACUUGCGGCUGCCUUCUUCCUCACCAGGCCAAAGGCAUUGAGGAGUGGGCCAGACCGAGAUUGUGGGCCAGGCAGUUCGUCGUCGUCGUCGUCAUCAUCAUCGUCAAACGGGCCGCCGCCGCCGCCGCCGCCGCCGCCAGCUGGGCAGACGUGAUGCGUGUUUCAACAACCACCUCUGCCCCCCCCCCUUUCCCUCUCCCUCUUCUUCGUUACCACCUGACGUCCUAACGCUUACUAUGCUGCUCCGUACCUCGCCUGGGUACAAUUGCGCACUCGUGUUGUGCCUUUGUUCCCUGACCAUCCUUGUCGUUCUGUUCGUUGCUCCUGCUUUCCCUAACUGCCGCUGCCUUCUUGUUCCCUCUCAUCUUGCUUCGACUGGUCGCACGCCUGUAUGUGACACAUGGCGCCCUGUUAUUGCCAUCCAUGUCACAAAGCAACCAAGCAAGCGCGAGCAAGCGCGUGCUCCCCCUCCCCCUCCUCUUUGCUCAGCAUCUCUUAAAGCACGCAUCUCUCCCCGUUCGCGUCGUUGUUUGAUUGCUUGUGCUCGAAUAC